AUGGCGGCGGCUGCAACCACCACGACCGCCUGCAGCAGCAGCAGUAGCAGCAGCGCCGGCACCGACGCCGCGGGCAACAGCGGCAGCGGAUUGCAGCAGGCGCUGCCGCCGCCGCCGCCGCCGCCCCAGUCAGCAGCCGCCGGGCCGGCCCAGUUGCCGCCACCCGAGCCCCUUAGGAAGCCGCGCAUGGACCCGCGGCGGCGCCAGGCUGCCCUCUCCUUCCUCACCAAUAUCUCGUUGGACGGACGGCCGCCGUUACAGGACGAGGAGUGGGGCGGCGGCGAGGAGAGCGGUGCGGUCAAGGCAGGAGGCGGUAGCGCCUGCGGCGCGAGGACCCGCCUCAGCCUGCUCGCGGCCGCCGAUCGCGGAGGCUGCACAGCGCUCGCGGCUGCGGGCACAGCGGCGGCGGCGUUGGCGGCUGGACUCGGACCCUGCGCCCCGCAACCCUCGCCGCCGCCCCGGCCCCUGUGCGGCCACGCGACCGUGCCGGGCCCCGUAGCGGCCCGGGGAUUCGCCAGCCCCCUGGGCGCGGGUCGGGCUUCUGGGGAGCAGCCGCAGCUGCCCGACGGACCGGGGACCGCCGAGCAGGAAGAGUCGGAGGAGGACGAUGCCUUUACUAGCGUGCAGGUGCCGGCUGGAACCUUCUUGGGCUCCGGGACCCCCGGGACUGGGAGCGGCAGUCGGGGCCGCCUCAACUCGUUCACUCAGGGAAUCCUGCCUAUCGCCUUCUCCAGGCCGACCUCGCAGAACUACUGCGCCCUGGAGCAGCUGGGCCAGGGGGGCAGUGCCAGCGCCUUCGAGCAACUGCAAAGGUCCCGACGUCGCCUUAUCUCCCAGAGAUCUUCCUUGGAGACACUAGAAGAUAUUGAAGAGAAUGCCCCUCUACGGAGAUGUCGAACUCUCUCAGGUUCUCCCAGACCAAAGAACUUUAAGAAGAUUCAUUUUAUCAAGAACAUGAGGCAACACGAUACCAGGAAUGGCAGAAUAGUCCUUAUCAGUGGCAGAAGAUCCUUCUGUAGUAUCUUUUCAGUGCUGCCGUAUCGUGACAGUACCCAAGCCGGGGAUUCGAAGCUGGAUGGAGGGAGACAAUCAGCAGGUGCUGUGAGCUUGAAAGAGAUCAUUGGUCUGGAGGGUGUGGAGCUGGGUGCUGAUGGGAAGACUGUUUCUUACACCCAAUUUCUGUUACCCACCAAUGCCUUUGGGGCCCGAAGAAACACCAUAGACUCCACCUCCUCCUUCUCCCAGUUCCGGAACCUGAGCCACCGCAGUCUCUCCAUUGGACGGGCAAGCAGCACCCAGGGGAGCCUCGACACAGGUAGUGACCUGGGAGACUUCAUGGACUAUGAUCCCAAUCUUCUGGAUGACCCUCAGUGGCCUUGUGGCAAGCACAAACGAGUUCUGAUCUUCCCUUCAUACAUGACCACAGUCAUUGACUAUGUGAAGCCCUCAGAUCUCAAGAAGGACAUGAAUGAGACCUUCAAGGAGAAGUUUCCACACAUUAAGUUAACACUCAGCAAGAUAAGGAGUCUGAAGCGAGAGAUGCGGAAGCUUGCUCAGGAGGACUGUGGUUUUGAGGAGCCCACUGUGGCCAUGGCCUUUGUCUACUUUGAGAAGCUGGCCCUCAAAGGAAAGCUAAACAAACAGAACCGGAAGCUUUGUGCUGGAGCGUGUGUGUUGUUAGCAGCCAAAAUUGGAAGUGACCUCAAAAAGCACGAAGUCAAGCAUCUAAUUGAUAAACUAGAAGAGAAGUUCCGGCUGCACAGACGAGAACUGAUUGCCUUUGAAUUCCCAGUUUUAGUGGCCUUGGAGUUUGCUCUUCAUUUGCCAGAGCACGAAGUCAUGCCCCACUACAGACGCCUGGUGCAAAGCUCCUAGCACAGGCCCAGCGGAGGGGCGUCGACCCGCGGGGCGAAGACCGCUUCCUCCGAGCCUAUGGAGCAGCACAUGCUACUGGAAAUGCAAAACCAGAACCCGAAUACCACAUUUUUUUGUUCCUCUCGACAUGUUUUUGUGGAAGCAGUACUGGGAACUUUCCAGGGAGUCUUGAAUCUGGCUAGCCAAGAGGGACUGUGAGCUGUUGGCUACACAGAGCACGGGAAGGCGGAGACAAGUGCUGAAGACAGCAGGCCC